UCGAGUGAGGUUGUUUCGCGCUGUUGUUCGGAUUGAAGAAAUUUGUCGGUUUGUUUAACGCCGCUGCUACCGAUAACCUUCGUUAGUGAUCGUGUGUUUUCUCCAUGUGCUUUUGGGGUCUCUGAUCGGGUGUAUGGGUUGGCUGGCCUGGCACUUUCCUCGCCCGUUUGGCCCCAAGCUCACAUUUCCUGCUGCUGCCUAUGUUGAAUACCUGGGCUCGGUAAAUGGGUAUGAAUUCCUCGGGAGGGUCGGUGUAUUCGGAAGUCAAUAGACUUCAAAUGGUGGUUUGCUGAAGUGAUGCCCUGCCUGAGAGAAGCACAUUGUUUGGAUGAUGGUGUCAUUGUGUUUUCGGUCUACGAAUAGUAAUUAGUGGCUGUCCCAAAAAGAGUUAUAAUUAUAGUGAAGCUAGCUAGUGGCGUGAAGCUGAAAGUGCUGCUUUCAGAACAAAGCGUUUCCCCCCGCUUUUUGUCGUUGUCUUCAUCAUUCGCGCGAUCGAGUCAGGAAACAGUACAUUGUGUAGUGUAGUUAGUGUGAUCUAUGAACAUAGCUGGGUGUCAACGAAUUGACCGAGCUUGGUAAAGGAGGAAGUUCGUGCCAGAAACGGAUUAUUGGGGUGUUAUUUCCUUCCAGGGCAGGGCAGGGGGAGGGAAAUGUUGAACCGUGAUCGCCUGCAGCAGAGACGUUUUGCUUGAAGUAGACUUUCACCGAUGCAAAAUGUCUUCGACAAAGCGAUCAAGCUUUGAACUCACUGCCAAUCAAACGGGCGACGAGAGGCCCUUGAGUUUCUAUGACAACAUCACAGCUGGAUCGUCGUCGUCGUCUGGUGCUACAAAAGUUAUCCAAAUCCCGGAUAUUCAGUUCAAAUUUGAUGAUGCUAUUCCGAUCACCGCCGAUCCUCGGCGAUCGACCUUGCUAAUGAGUAAUGCAAAGUCAGACUUUUUCGGACUGUCAAAAAUACCUGCCAAUGGCAUUUCAACAACGGAUGGUAAACAAAACCCGGAUGAUGCUGUUCAGGAGACUCAAGCGCUGAUAUCGGACUCAGACGAUCGCAAAACCCCUCCGCCGAUCCUCAGUCCAGUUGCCAGCUCAUCCUCACCGAUGUCCACUGCCAGCACAGCACUAGCCCGUUCGUCAGGAACUCCAGAAGGUUCCCCCGGACUUAAAUCCCGGCCCGUAUCCUCCACACGCAACAUCACCAUCAAGCUGCCGGAUGAAAGCGCUCCUUCUGAGGCAGUUUACAUGACCACGACUGUGCCGCAGAACUUUUCCAAGAACAGUACCUCGCUAAUCGGAAGGCACAAACCGACCCGGAGCAGUUUGAGGCACAGCAGGAUGUUGGUCGUGAACAAAACCUUCCAUCAGCGAUACCCGAAGGGCAACUCGCUCAACCUGCGCCACAUCCGGCUGAGCAAGACGCUGAUGGUGCUGAAAAUCAUUAUCGGUGCGCUACUUACCCUGAUGGGCAUGACCAUCAUCGUGUGGUCCCCAAACACCCACACCAAGGACAAUCCCUAUUGGUCGGGGAUGGUUUUAGUUUUAAGCGGCACGUUGUUCCUAAUACUAUUUGAUUUCAAGCGGAGGCCUUCAAAUCGGUUACGCGAAAAUUGUUACAAUUUCAUACGCGUGAACGCGUUGGUCAUUCUUUUGCUGACUAUAUUUUUCACGAUGUUGGCCUUCAUCUACGCGUUGAUACACUCAACGUAUCUCAGUUCGAGUCAGCUCCUUUGUGAACCGGAAUAUAAAUUCAAUAUAAACUCGUCCAGCUGUGUCUGCCUGAUCGAUACGCGCUCCACUCCGAUGACUGAGGAGAAUGACACUUCUGAAGCUAGCGAGUUGAGAGGUAGCGAUUUUCUUCUGGAUGAAGAUGGAACACCUGGAAGGAUCAACAGAACGUUAGCGGAUCGAAAUAAGGCCGUCAUAAGUGGUAUCGAUCUGAGAAGGACUGCUCAAAACCUGGAAGAGCAAGGCAUCACCCACAUGGAAUACCGAGAUUUCAACUGUAGCGAAGUUUUGGGCAUUUGGUACUAUUUCACGCUUUGUUCAACGAUGUUGAACAGUAUAGGUUGUCUGCUAGCUGCCGCCUUUCUUGUAAUCUACAGUAUCGAAUGUCUAUGGCGGAGAGAGCUGAACGAAGUAAAGUAUGUGGGGGUUCGAACGAACCCUGCUGGGGCGAUAGAGACCAACAAUGACGUCAAAAUGGAAACGAUCACCGUGCCCAACGGUCGGCAGGAUGAAUCCGAAGCCGCGCGAGAUGCUGGCGGAGGUUCCAGCGAUGGGACACCAGAGACGCCGCAAAAACAGUCACUGCCUUCGACGACUGAUGUAGUUCCCAGACUUACCGAAAGUAUUGAUACGAAAGAACCUUAGCCCUAAGACUAAGAAUGAUGACAUGCAUGGAACGAUACAACAACAAUUCUUGUAUCGAGAGUAUUAUUUUUAUAUUUACACAUUAAAUUUUUAAUUUAACGGAAUGAGAAAACGGAAAUGUGGAAAUUGAUACGAUCAGGUUGAAGAAUACCUUUCCUACGAUGUAGAGAAUUUAAUGCUUUUUUUUGCAAAACAUUGUUCAAAUAAAUAAAUAUGGUACGAAGAAUAGAAUUUUGGACACAA